AGCAAGCGUCUGGCGAUUGUGCCUAUGGAGAGCGCCCUGUGCUGCUCAUGAACGUAGCUGUUUUCAACUUGUUGUAUAAUUGAAUACUAAUUAUUAUUAAUAUUAUUUAGUCAUUUAGCAGACGCUUUUAUACAAAGCGACUUACAGAGACUUGGGGGUGAACCUCCUGGUAACAACCCCCUUUCUUUAACCACUGGAUCAACUGCUAAACAGGGAAGCGCAAUCUUAUUGUAUUUUUUAGAAGUAAAGUAUACAUGCUCCGAAGGAACCUCUCUCAAGGUGCUUUGUAUUCACGGAACAAAUCAGUCCAUUAAAAGCCAUGAAUUUGAAUGAUUUUAUCGUUGUCACAAACCAGCCUAAUUCAGUUAAAUUAAAAAACAGAAACGUGAGAGAGAUGCGAUUAGAAACAGUCCAGCUAGAGCUGGAAAGUAAAGACAUGGAGAGUCGGCUUCAGCAGCUGAGACUGAGCAUGAGCAGAGAAAAAGAUGAGCGAGAAAAAUCGGGAGGAUUUCAUUGGAGAUCAGGGCAAGCUGGUGCCCUAGCUACCCAUCCACACGGAGCACCUCAAAAUAAAGAGAACAACCUUCAAAAGUUAUCUGCUGGAAAAGUGAAGAUAAAAAUACUCAAAGACCAAUCUGAAGGUUUUGCUUCAGAAUUGCGGAAGCCACCAGAGAGCUAUCGUUCACCAGUAGGAAUGGUCAGAAGUGGAAAACCCAAACUGCAAGGAAAAAUAUGUGGGCAAUGUGAAUCAAAAAAGGCUGGCUUGGUGUGUAUGGAAUGUGGAGAAGAUUAUUGUGUCAGCUGCUUUGCCAAAUUCCACCAGAAGGGGGCACUGAAACUCCACAGAAUGAUACCUCUACAGAUGGAGAUCCAGACUUCCAUCAGCACAUUAGAUGUUGUUAGUCAAUUUAAAAAACAAAUUGAUCCUGAAGAAUCUUCUGUGAAAAGCAAACAGAAGGAUGUUGUUGAGGAGAAGCAGUCACCUGUGAGAAAUCUUCUCCCUCCACCGAAAAAGAACACAGAUGCAGAGGUUUCAAUCUUGGAUCAUGGAAAUUAUUUUGAGGUCCAAAGCAUCAGGAAAAGUAACCAGGACAAAGGUUUAUUGUUAAGUGGUAGUUUUGAUGAGGAAGAAUCCGCAAAGUCUUUUCAACAAGUGUUGAUGGAAUGGAGAACCGGAAAAGAAAACAAUGACCAAGCAUGGAGGCCCUAUGAAGCUGUACCAGUGUUCACAGGGGUAUCUGCAGUUCAAGCAGACCUGUCAGAUGCAAGAAAACCAGUCGACAUUGAGUUCAGUGAACACAGUCUGAGUUAUAUGGAGAGACUGCUAUUAAAAAAGCAUAGAAGAACUCCUGUACAGCAAUGUGGAUCGAUGUCUUUGGCCUCUUCACUUCAAAUACCCUUAAUGGAGUCAAACAUGCUGAUGGAUGAAGAAGGGCUGAGUCUGACUGCUGAAGAGAUGGAGGAACACAGAUAUUACACUGCUCUUUUUACAGUAGAAGAGUUUCAUCAGCAGACUGGAUCAUCCUUAAGUAUUUUAGAAUUGGACGAGGCUCUUAAAGAGCACUUGGAGGAGACUAACAGCUAUGUGGUGGAGGAAGCAGAAAAUGUCGAAACCAGAGAGAAAAAGCUGACUCAGUUGAGAGAAAAUCUCUACUGUACACAGCUGAAUUUAUCUUUUGACAAAAGGUCAGAAAUGUCAGCAGUCCAAGAAUCAAAAAACCUUGGAAUGUCUUCCCUGAUGUCCACAUUAUCUGAAGAUGAAAAAACCCUUUCAUCAAGCAGGAAGACAAGCACCUCGGCAAACAAGCAGAGACUACUCUCAGCUGGAAAAACAUCAAGCACAAAUGUGCGUCUUUCACGUUCUCUGUCUGUUUCUGCUAAAACAGAAAGAAUGGCCCAAAACAGUCCACGGAGACCAAAACAAAAACAAAGGCAAAAGAAUGAAAAGCAGACCACUAGUGAACCGCUGAAAUCUCAUAAUACACCUCAAAGGACAUCACUGUUAUUAAAUGUUUCUCUGGAAGAUGCAGCUUCCACUGCAGAUGAAGGUCCAGGCAGAAACUAUUUGCUGGCGAAUGACAGUACUACAGAAAGCACAGACGUGGGCCUCUCUGUAAAGCCGUCUAUGGCACUGCGUGAGCUUGCUCAAAGACAACCUGUGGAAGAGGACCACUAUACUGGCUUAAAUGGCUUUUUUACACUAGGCCUGGACCCUGCACAAAUCAGUCCAGAUCCUUUCCCUCAACGUGCCGCCUAUCAAAGUGUAGAAAAUAAACAGGACUUUCAGACUGAAGAAAGAGGGGGAUGGAGGCCCAGCAGCAAUUUAAGUGAGUAUGCUGAGGAGAUGGUUGUCAGCAGUGUAAUUGGCAGUGCUCGAAGCAGACCUCCAAGCAGCCUUGGGCAACAAAUCACCUCGGGUAGAAUCACCUCAUCUAUGCAGUGUCAUGCAUCAUCUGGGAGUCUAAUUUACUCACCAAGACCUAUUUCCGCACACACAUCAUUUCACUCUGCAGCUGAGAAUAAAACAUUCUCUUCUUCAUGGCAAAAAAGUGCUGUAUCUUCUAGGCCAGUCAGUGCUCAUGCACGGCCGCUGUCCAGAGCUACAGUUGAAAUUAUGGAAAUCGAAUCCGUUGACCCAACUGAGAAUGAUGAUCCAGGCCUGGAAAAUGAGGCUGAUAAUUGUGCCUUAGCGUGCUUAGAAGAGGAAUUUAAAAUGCUUAGAAACCAUGAAGAUGAGGAGAAGUCGGCUCAAAACUCAUCAUCCCAACAAGAGCAAUUUGUUUUUCGGUCUCAGGAAAGAUCAAGAACAAAACAGACGAGGAAUAUUUCUCCAAAAAGCUGGGAUGCUGAAGGUCACACAGAUGAUGAGGAGGACAUUCUGAGAGACAAGCAGAAUGUUAUGUCACUACCCUGACAAGAAAUGGGAACUAGGUACCAAUUGUACAAAACUGACCUUACAUUAAAUAUCAACCUUCAGAGCAGAUCACUAUUAAAAUGUAAUGCUGUUAGCUUGUAAAUGUUUUAUUUCAUUUACUGUACAGACAAAAGUGGCCUUUUCUGUUGCAUUCGAACAUGCUAAUAUUGCCCAGUGGUAAAUGCUUGUUUUUCUAAUCAUUUGUUGUGCCUGUUAUUUUGCUAUUUAUUUGAACGUAUAUUGAGUAGUAUUAAUGAUGUUACUGGUUUAAAUAUGUUGUGCUUUAUUUCAUACCUAAUACUAAUGUUUAUUAUUUUGACACAUGAAACCAUAUUGUUAACUGAGAAAUCUAUUUACUCUGUAAUUUAUAUAAUUGUAUGUGCUGGUGAAGAUGAGGUGUCACAUUUUUUUUACUAAAUAUGCAGUUUGAAAAGUUUUACAAUAUAAUACAUUUAAAUAAAACAUGUUCAGUUGUUCAAAGGUGCAUUUGAUGAAUAAAAAAAAAACCUGUUAACAUGAAUAUUUAAUAAUAAACACAGUUUUAU